AUGUACGCUGUCGCCGAGCGACUCAAGACGCCGACCCCCGCUGCCAAGGCGCUCGCCGGCAACCCACCCGGCGCGAGUCUGUAUUCCAGUCGGGCAAGCGACCAGGACUGCGUGGCUUGCGAUCUCGCCCUUUCCCAGUCCCACGACGAGGCGAAGAUGUCUGCGCCGGGGCUGCCUCUGGCUGCCGCUCCCCUCCCCCAGCGGCCGCAUGGCGGCUCGCUGCGCACGGUCUCGUGUGGAGAUCCCAAGGCAGCGCAUACGGGGAUGUUCAAGGCGCCAGAGUUGAGUGAAGACGCGCGAGGGCUCCACGCCUCCGCGUCCUCCGCCCUGCUGGUUUCUUCGCUACAUUCCGCCGCGACUGCGAGCCUGUCUGCCCGCGCGGCGAGCCUCUCCUCGCUGCUCGGACAAGUGUCGAGGUGUGGCGACGCCCUCCAGCAGCUGCAGACCCUCUCUGCGCGGCGCACAGAGGCGCCUCCGCCCGCGAUCUCCGCUUCGCCUGCUCAGGAUUUUCACGUGGAGGGGCGCCGCGGUGGCGCAGUGUCUGCCGGCAAGGAAGUCGGAUGCAUGAUUGCCCGCAGCCUCGAAAAGUCAGGCGACGCCGCGGAGCUCCCGCGACCUCGGCAGGCCUUCGCGCCUCAGGCCCACGGCCCGCGAGACGCCCUUCAGACGGAGCUCGAGCGGCUGAGGUCGGAGCUGCAGCAGCAGCAGGAGGAGCUGACACGACAGAGAGACCGCAACCAAGUUUACCAGACGCAGCUGCGCGAGCUUCAUGAGCAGCUCGCGAGUUGUCGAGAGACUCUGCAGCCCGUAGUCACGAGUCUCUCAGAGCGCUUCGUGUCUCUCCGCACUCAGACGCAGGAACACGAGACGCUGCUGAGCGCGCAGCGCCAAGUGCUGAUGGAUCAGCAGCAAGUCCUUCAGGCGGAAGUCUUGGAGUUGACCUCUUUUGUCUCGGGCUGCGAGGCGGCUUUCAAGGGGCUGGAAGAACGCGAAGCUGGACUCGCGGCCGAGCUCGACAAAAAGAUCUGCGUCUCUCAAGCCCAGCUCGAGCAGGAGAUCCAGCGAGACCGCGAAACCCACAGACAAGAGAUCUCUCGCCUGCAGGACAAGCAGUCGUCCCUCCAGCAGCUCCCGGCUCUGCUCGAGGAGCUCGCCCAGCGGAUAGAAGACUACGCCGCCACGCAAAAGGAGACGCAGAUCGCCUUGCAGGCUGAGCUCUGCCAGAGUCAUCGAGACCUUCAGACGCUGCGCGGGCUCUUCGAAGACGCGCAGGCGCAACGCGUCGCCCAGCGAGAGGAACUCAAGCGCGAAACGCUUCACCUCCUUGAGGAACAUAAACAAGAGAUGAGCCGGCUUGUGGAGUCCCAGAACGAAGUCAUCCGCGCCCAAGAGCAACGGAUAAAGGAGCUCCAGUGCCAGGCGGCCUCUUCCUCUGCCUCGCACCGAGCGCAGUCUGAGCACCUCGCGGCGCAGAUGAAAGACGUCCUCGAAACCGUGGAGGCGCUGCGAGCCGAGGCGAUCGCGCGGCAGCAGAACGCAGACCGCUCAGAGGGCAUCGACGAGAAGAGAGAAGCGGCUGCGAACAGGUGCUGCGAGAGGGAACGGCAGCUGCAGCUGGAGCUGAAAACUGUCCGCCAGCAGCAACAAGAGCUCGUUCGCAUGCAUGAAAAGCUGCAGACACAGCCCAACAAUCUUCACAUGCAGGCAGACCGCUUUGAGAAGCGCCUGGAAGAUGUUAAACGAUUUGUGGCGGAGCGCGAGGCAGAUGCCCAGAAGCAUUAUCUCGACUUGAUGGCGGCGCUCUCGCGCUCUCCGUCGAGCCCUUGGAAACCGGACGCGCGUCCGCCCACUCUCUCGCGGCCGUCCCAAAAAGAAGUCGCCUUCCACGCGGCUCUUCUUCUCCGCUGCACGUUCGACGCCAUUCACGCGGCGGCCGCCGCCUCCGUGCCGGAUGACUCCUCUCCCUCGUCUGUCGUUCUGCUUCGAACCCAAGAGCCUCGCUCGCCGCAGCGCACUCCUCUGGAGGAGGCGGCGCCUACAGAGCUGUCGUCGGAUGCGGCCGCCGGAGUCGCUUCCGAAGAGGGCCAAACCGCCUCCUCCCUCGGCGAGCGCCUGUCGAGUGGCUCGACGAUGCAAAGGUCUCGCGAACUUCAAACUUUUGCAAGGCAGACUCCAACGGAGGCGCCCGGAAUGCCGCUGCUGGGCGAGUGCGGCCUGGAGGCUGUGAGGCUUCCCACCGACAGCCAAGAGGGCGCCGCCGCGCCGGCGCGAACGGGAGAGCCUCGCGCCCUCCUAUCUCCUCAGGAGAAGAUGGAGUUCUCUUCCGCGUGCAGCACUCAAGAGAAGUCCGCUGCAGACGAGCGCAGCCUUGCGUUGACGGAGUUGCAUGCCGAAAGGGAUCCUGCCUCUGUGUGCUCCACGCGCCACACGACGACCUCCGCCACCCCGCAGGACCCACUCGGAGCCUGCAGCCCCCCCACAACGUCCACGACGAGCGCCCAGGAUCAACAAGUCACUCACCGCUUGCAGAGCGCGUCCGCGGUCCCUUGCGGCGCGUGGCUCUCGGCCGAAGGGGAGGACGCCGCAGGCCCGCGGGAAGCGUCCUGCUUGCAUGCUUGCGCGGCUCCCGCUAAGGCGGCCGCUCACGCUGCCGCGCCCCUCGGGGCAGCGCCUGAGCUCCGCGGCCGAGAGGCGGGCGCCGACGCCGUUGCACCCGCCGCAGAGGUGGCGGGCGGUGCCUUUGAGGAAGGGGUCCCGCCUGCGCACGUGGCGGACUGCGAGGCGGUCGACAGGACUGCCGCGAAGGCUGCCGACGACGCGCCGACCAGGGCCUGCGCGGCGCUGCGGCAGGGCGCCUCCACUGAUGAGCAGACAGUGCAGCUCACAGACGGGCGUGAAGAGGUCGGCGCCGCGCGAGAUCCCAGUUCUCUGCUGCCGGUGCCCGCUGUAGUGGGAGGGAACCGCGGCUCGGGGCUCUGGGGAGGAGAGGGACGCGGCGAGCGGAUGGAGUGGCGCAUUGACAACUUCAUCGAGACUCUCCGCAGCGCCCUCGAGAGCGGCACGGACUCCCUAUGGUCUCCUUUCUUCUCUUUCAACGGCGUUCAAGAACUGCAGAUGCAGUUCCUCCCCAACGUGCUCACCUGCCUGAGCCGCGGAGAGGAGCUGAGCCUGGAGGAGAAGCUAGACCGCGUGCUGGAGGACCGCGCAUGCAUUUGCGGGCUGUUUCUCUGGUCCUCGUCGCCGCGCGUCUUCGAGUGCACGCUGUGCAUCGGGAAGGAAAAACGUAAAGUGGUGAUGCGCCCGCCACAGCGCCCAGGGCAGACGCGGAGUUCUUCUGCGGAGCCGUGCAACGCAGCGCUGUGGGAACACUUCGACGCCUACGAUAAUUCCUUGACUGUCGGUGUGACGGACUUCACAGUCAUCGGGUAA